AUUAUCUUUGAGAAGCAGUGGUUCUAUCUGGAUAAUGCUAUCGGACAUAUUUAUGGAACUACAUUUGAAGUAACCAGUGGUGGAAAUCUGCAGCCAAAGCAAGAGGUGGAAGAGACUACCACAGAAACAAAAGAAGCAGGUACAGAUAAUCGUAACAUAGUUGACGAUGGAAAGUCUCAAAAACUGACUCAUGAUGACAUAAAGGCUUUGAAGGACAAGGGUAUUAAAGGACAGGAAAUAGUUCAACAGUUAAUAGAGAACAGUACAACAUUCAGAGACAAAACAGAAUUUGCUCAAGAUAAAUACAUAAAGAAGAAGAAAAAAAAGUAUGAGGCAGUUAUUACAAUUGUAAAACCAUCCACUCGCAUUCUUUCAACAAUGUAUUAUGCAAGGGAACCUGGAAAAAUAAACCACUUGCGAUAUGACACCCUAGCUCAGAUGCUGACUCUAGGAAACAUCCGUGCUGGCAACAAGAUGAUUGUCAUGGAAACAUGUGCAGGCCUCGUGCUGGGUGCGGUGAUGGAACGAAUGGGAGGCUAUGGAUCCAUUAUUCAGAUGUAUCCAGGAGGGGGACCUGUUAGAGCUGCUACCAGUUGUUUUGGAUUUCCAAAACUUUUUUUCGAUAAUCUUCAUGAAUUUCCUCUCAGCAAAGUGGAUAGUCUCCUCUCUGGGACAUUUUCCACAGAGUCUCUGCCUUCAGAACCGGAAGAUAACACACUGAUGGAAGAAGAAAGCAAUGGAUUGACUGAUGAGAAGCAGACUUCCCUACAGGAAGCAGAAGAGGAACCUACUACUGAAGCAGCUAUGGAGAUCAACCAAACAGAAGAGCAAGAAACAAUGGACAUUAAUGCUGAAGAUGUAGAAUUUAAAGAGAACAAAGAAAAAGAAAAUAAAGAAAAUGUUCGGGAGAAGCAAAGAAAACAGUGGGAGAGAAGGAAAAAGCUAAUAGAAGCUGCUGCUUUGUUGAGAGAGAAGAAUGCUGAUGGCUUAAUCGUAGCCAGCAAGUUUCACCCCACUCCUUUACUGCUUUCCUUACUGGAAUUUGUUGCUCCUUCAAGGCCUUUUGUUGUCUACUGCCAGUAUAAAGAGCCAUUAUUAGAAUGUUACACAAAACUGAGGGAAAAAGGUGGUGUUAUUAACCUAAAGCUGUCUGAAACCUGGCUACGAAACUACCAGGUCUUACCAGAUCGAAGCCAUCCGAAACUGACUAUGAGUGGAGGUGGAGGGUACCUUCUAUCUGGUAUAACUGUGGUCUUGGAUAAGGGCAAAUCUGAUUCCAGUAAUUCAGAAGCACUGAAGGUGGAAGAGCCAUCAUCUAAAAGAUGCAAAGUUCAAGACCUUCAUUGUUAACAUUUGAAGAAUAGAUUUGUUUUUUAUAUCUCAGGAGUCCUACUGUUCGUAAAAUAACAAGUAUGCUUUCUGUGCUCUCGACAGCACAGAAAUUGUACCUGCCAUACAUCUGUUGGCAAAAAGCAGCAGAACUGUAUGGUAGGGAUGACUGUCUUGCUCUCUACCAGUUUACAUGAUCAGAAUGAG